GAUUAUGCCUUUUAGUUUGAUGGAGUUCCGCACAUGCACGUACGUACAUACUGUGCGUACAUACCAUACAGGUAGUUGCUGCUGCGUUGGUCACCGUUGUUGGAUCACGAAAGCCGCUCGGCUGAGCGGGGGUGAGGGGACCCGAGAGGAAUGCUAGGCGUUGAUCCGCGAUUCGCUAUCUUCAUUUCACCCCGCUGCGGCCAGCAUGGAAGGAUGUUGCGAUGCAGAUGAAAUUGCGGCCCAAAGGCAUUCAGGUGGUGUGAACAUUUUAUCAGAUCCGAUGACUUACGCCGCGUAUGGAUGGGGAAUUAGCCUUUUGGGCGGGCGGGUUUAGUUGGUUCCAAGGGCCAUGCUUGUCUGGUUGACUGCUACCUACCAGGAACCAUGGAUGGUUGCUUGUUUGGUGUUUAUUUAUUUGGUGUUUAUUUAUUUGGUGUUUCUUCUGUUUUGGAUUUUGAGAUGGAUCGAGGGUUAUAUUUUUGUGCUGGCAGCCUCAGGUACUCAGGGGCGAUGAUGAUGGUGAUGAUAGUAGAUGUCUCUGUCUGGGCCGGCAGAAAUGAAGCUGCUGGUCUGAAUCAAUAGACCCUUAACUACUUUAACUAAACUUCAACUAAAUACUUAACUAGUUAGCACACCCACCCGCCCACGUAGGGAGGGAGGGUGGAGUGAUGGAAUGGCUCGGAUGGAAUAUUCCCAAAGCCUUGCUGGGGAUACCUCAACUUGCACAACAAUUGCUAGAUAGAUCAAUUGCCUUUGCUUGUAGAAAGAAAGCUGCUUUUAUUCCUGUGUGUUUUUUUAUCCGCCGUUGUUUGUUGAUGAGAAUAAUAAAUAGGCUCUUAAUUAAAUAUUUGCAUCAUUAAGUUCACUAUUAUUGUAACAAACCCUUCACAUCCGGUUGAACCAUCUGUAAAUCUGUAACUAUCAUCCAUAAUCUCUCUGUCCAUGCAGUGAUUCUGUUGAAAUUCUCUCUUUAUUUUAUCCUCAAGAAACCAUUAGUUACAUAUCAUAUCCCCAUCCCAUCUUUGCUUUUUCCUUCCUGUCCUCUGCGCCUCCCGUGACUGGCGCUGACACUAAUCCGUACUUUGUAGUCCAAGCUGCUGUUUCUCGCCCUUUUUUCCACCCUAUUUUUUCUCCUUCUUUCUCCUCUCUCCUCUUCAUCUUCCUCCUCUUCUUCUUGUUCUGCUAUUCCCUCUUCUAUCCACCGCCCUCAAAUUCAUCCUCCUCCAACCAUUGCCCUUAUGUACUGGCUCUGACUGGGAACCUCCCCAAAGUCCCAGUCAAUUGUCCUCGUCUUGUUCCCUGCACUCCCUCUCUCCCCCUCGUACCCCGACCAAGCUUGGACACCCCCCCCCCCCCCCCCCCCCCUCCCCUAAUUAAGUGCUCACAAACUACACCCAAAGGUCCCUCCAAUCCCCAUAACAUGGCAUCGAUGGAAGAGCCUUUCAUUCCGGCUACUGAGCCCUCUUUGCCGGAAUCCUCAGUUGAUGAGACUGUGGCUACCUCUGCUCCCACCGAUGAAAAUGAGCCGCCCGCGGAAGAGCCUGCUGAACAGAUCCCCUCGAGCCCUGCUCCCGUAAAGGUGAGGACAACAAUUGCUGUAUCCCCCCGCCAGAAGACUGGCACAAGUGCUGCUCCCAAACGCCCUGGAACUGCUACCACUACCGCUACGAAACGUCCCGCUGGCUUUACAUCAACCGUCACUUCUAAGCUAGCCUCUGCCACUACAAGGGGAACCACUGGAAGCACCCUUAAUCGACCCCCCACCCGGCCCCCCGUGACAUCUACCACCGCUCGCAAGCCAGCAUCCACGGCUACUACUACUACAACCCAUAGACAACGUGCAUCUUUAGGCAGCUCCGCAGAUGAGAGAGGCAAAUCUAUCGCCAGUUCAGGGGAUGAAAGCAAACGGGCUGGCAUUUCAGCCACGGUGAAGAGGGCCUCUCUCACAAGUUCUGUGUCUUCCAGAGCACCCGCAAGAACUACUUCGGAACGCAGGUCAACAAUUACCCCAUCGUCCGCCGAAAAGAGACCUACAACAAGUCGUCCAUCCACUGCCCAAAGCCCUGCGAAGCCAACCACCACGACUACGCGGGUUUCUGCUACCGCUACUUCCAAGACAGUGGCGCCUACCACCACCUCGCGGACUACAAGACCGAUUUCCGGUACUGCUACGAAAUCUACGGCUUCUACAACUUCUGAGUCUAAGAGGCGAAUGAGUUCCUUGUCGACAACGAAAAAACCGUCCAUUGACACCGGCAAACCGGUAGAGAAGAAGCUCAUUGCCAAGUCUGCCGCGUUACAGGAAAAGAUCAAGGAGUAUGAAGCCCUCCGUGAACUGCUGCAGGCAGCAAUUGCAGCGGAGGAAGCUGGCAACGACGAGAAACGCGAUGAGAUUCAGGGUGAGAUAGACGGUGAUAUCGCUCAGCUGAAGGGCAGCUUGGAUACUGUCAGGGAAGGCGAUGAGUCCACCGGCGCAAGCAAGCUUGCUGAGCUCCAAGCCCGACUUGCAGACAGCGAAGCUAAGGUGGCAGAACUCCAAUCACAGCUAGACGAUGUUCAAUCGAAAUUAUCCGAAGCCACCAAGCCAACGGAAGGAGAAGCAGAUAAAUUCUCUACUGCUACAGAUCUAAUCCGUUCUGAACAUGAAGCUAAAGUGCUCGAGCUCACGGAAACUCAUGUAGAGGAACUCAAUGCUCUGCAGGCGAAACUGGGCGAAUCAGAGUCACAGAGGUCGGAGGCGGAAUCUCGAUUUGUCCAAGAGCUUGAGGCUGCCAGACAGCUAGCGUCUCAGGAAGGUGCCUUGAAGAUAUCCGAAUUGCUCGAACAACAAAAGGAAACCCAUGCUGCUGUAGUAGCCGCCCUUGAAGCUGAUCUUGCUGCACAACGGGACACUUCUGCUGAGCUGACUGCCCAGAUUGUUACCCUGAAAGAGGAGCUGGCCACCCGUACCGCUAGCCUAGAAGAAGCUGCUAAGGCUGCUGCUGAAAAGGAGAAGGCUGCGCUUGCAACCCAUCAAGAUCAGGUGCUAAGGCUGGAAACGGAGCUGAAAGGCCGUGACGCUGUUAUCAAGAGUCUCAAGGACGAAGUGCAGACUAUCCAGGAUACCAAGGAUCGGGAGUUGGCUGCGGCGAAUGAAGCUGCCUCUCAAAGCACCGUAUUAAAAGAAAACCUUGAAGCUCUUGAGGUUAAGCUAGCGCAGGUAGAGUCUGAGAGUGCCCAAGUCACCCUAACCAUGGAAAAACUUGCUGAAAAAGAAGAGGAGAUUGCAAAACUAAGCCAGGUCAUUGAGACGCUGCAGGAUGAGAUCAAGGAAGUGCAGCAGGCUAAAUCCGAAGAAUUGCUCAAACAAGCCGACUUAACCACUGCACAUGAGAAGGCUAUGGCUGCACUCCAAGCCGAGCAUGAUUCUGUCCUGGCUAGCGUAACGGCAGAACAUGCCGAGGAACUUUCCCAAGCUGUGGAAAAAUCUAAAACUGCCACCGACUCGCUCCAGCAGGAGCUGAAAGCGUUAAUGGAGAAGUACGAUGCUGCUCAAGCCGAAGUUGCGAGCUCAAAGACCCAACUGGAGGAUAUAGCAAAGGGAGCCAGCGAGGCCCAUGCAGCCGAGCUACAAUCUCUACAGGAGAAACUAGACGCAACUGAAAAGGCGCUAGAAGAGGUCAAGCAUCAGGGUGAAGAAGCAAGCGCUGCCGAGAGGGAAUCCAAUUCCUCCAGCCUCCGGGAACUUGAGGGUAAAGUACGGACCUUGGAAGAGGAGCUCGCCAAAGGUAGCACUCGAAUCAAGGCUCUCGAUGACGAUCUUCAAGGCGAAAGGGCUCGGGUUGAAGGACUUCGCAAGGGUCUUGAGGCAUUCGAAGUAACUACUAAGGACAAGGAUGAGUACUACAAGUCUACCAUUUCAAGGCUGGAGGUCGCGGUCAACGAAACCAAUGAUUCCCUCAAGGAAAAGACUGAGCAGCUCGCUAGCUUCGAGGAGAAACAUACUGCUACACUUUCAGAGCUCACAGUCGCUCACAGCACAGAAAUUGAAGAUCUGAGAGCUGAGCUGUCCGGAUCGAACGACUCCGCUCUCAAAGAACUACGGGCGAGAUACAACGAGCUCGUCGCGUCGAACAUUGCCAACGACGCCACCCAUGCCACCCAGCUCGAAACCCUCAAAGCCGAACAUGCCACCGCCCUUCAGGAACUUGAAGCUAAACUCACACAGCAAUUUGAAGAUAACAAACUCAAGAUCCAGCAAGAUGCCGAGGGAUCGCAUGCGGAGAAACUUGCGGAAAUCGAAGCAGGCCAGACCAAGGCGAUUGAGGAGUUGCUUGGUGCGCACGAGGAGAAGUUGGCGAGUUUGAGGAGUGAGCAUGAAGCUGCGACGAAGGAGAAAUUGGCCGCGGUUGAGGAGGCGCAUGCUGCUGUCGUUGCGGAGUUGAAGAGGGAGUUAGAGAAGGCGAAGGAGGCUGCUGCUGCUUAUAUGACAGAGGUUGAGGGCUUGAAGGCACAGAUUGCAGCGUUGGGUGAGGAGCAUGCUGCGGAACUUUCUAAGGUGCAAUCGGAUAGUGCCGCUCUACAAAAGGAAGUGGAGGCCGCUAAGAACGACCUCACCGCUGCCGAAGCUGUAAAAGAGGAACUCGCCGCUAUCAAACAAAAUUUAUCUACCGCAGAGAGCGAACUCGGAAGCCAGAAGCAGGCACAUGCCCAGGCAUUGGCUGAUCUUGAAGAAUUGAAAGCCGCUGCUGGUGAUUCAGAUGAGAAGAAGAGCACUGUUGAAGCCAAAUUUGCAGCCCUCGAGGAAGAUAUGAAUACUCUAAGCGAGAAAAACAUCACCCUUAUCCAACAACUACACGAAGCCGAAGCAUCCAUGUCCAAAGGCAGCCGACGUAUCCGGGAGCUGGAGUUCGGACUCGCCGAAUCGAGACUCAAGAAGCCAGAAUCGGCAAAUCUUUCCAACGGCUCGAACGCGAAAUCCUCCAGCGGACUAGACGAUAGCAAAUGGGCAGUUAAGGAAGAUGACAUGCCUGCUGCGGGCGACGAGCAGGCCGAUACUGCCAAGGUACUGCCAGAAGACGCUGGUCCUACCACUACUGAAGAUGGCCAGCAUUCGGGAACAGCUCCGCCAGCUUGAGGAUGUAAACGAGGGCAUGUUCGACGAGAACGCUAGAAUUGUGGACAUGCUUUCCAAAGUCGGCCAGGAUCCUACACCGCCAACCCCAGGCACACCCACCCCAUCCAACAACGACAACAACAAGUUCAAACCCGUAACCGACGUGACCAUCGAAGCCGUUGAAGCCACCUCGUAAGCAAACGUAUAUGAGAUCAAACAAAGAAAAGGAAAAAAAAAAACUAAAAAAAAAAGAAAACAUUUAUAUCACUAUUCAUCACUAUGCACCGCACCGCGUCGCUCAUUCGCUACGGCUACAUAACUCUCCGCCCGUGCAUGAUAUGAUAUCCGUUUUUAUCAUCUCCUUUUCAUUCUCCCCCACCUCGCCCCGCCUCCUACAUCAACCUGGACCAUUAUUAUUAUUUCACUGCCAGAUGAGGCUGGCGGGGUAAUAUACACCCAAGCGGCCCCUUUCCCUUCAUGAUGGAUGAUGUUUGAAAACUAACUGUGUGAUGCGUGCAUAAUGGAUGAUGGGUGUGGAUUUUAUUUUCACUUUGAUUUUUAUUCAACUUAUUGCCUGUUUGAUGUUGCCUGGGGCGAAGGUGUAUUUUCUCCGAGAGCGGAUAAAUAUGUAUGAACGAAAACUAUUUUGUCAAUGUGUAUGCCCCUGUGCUUGUUUGCGCGGCAUCCAACCCCUAUAUUCUAGUGCUUUUUUUUUUUUUUUUUUUUUUUUUUUUUUUUUUUUUUUUUUUUCCCAAACAGUCGUUGAUAUCCCCAUAACCCCGUUUAUCUUUAUGUCCUCCAAAAUCUCCCGGCACCUUUUACACUUUUUGUACGUGUCGUUCACGGGUAUAGUAAUUUCUAUUCCUCUUUCCCGCCGGCUUACCUCCCCUGUGUCUCUGUCACGGAUUUAUGUACCGGAUAGAAAGACUCCGUUGCUGCUGUUGUUGAUGUUUAUUUUUGAGAUAUCUUCUUGUUCUUCUUUCUUCUCUUCUUUUUUUCCUUUUCCCCUUUUCCUUUUAUUUUCAUUUGUUUCCUAAAUGUUUCUUGAUCUCUAUUCCCCAUUUCCUGCUGAUAUUUUACCUUUUAAUUAAUUGUAUCUGAUUUAUUUUUUCCUUAUUUUUCCUAAUAUAUCUUCUAUGCUUUCUUAUUUACGACCAUCAAUUUUACUCUAUUGUUCCACUUACAUACUAGUUCCUGCUUCUACCUCUGCUUCUUCUUCUGCUUCUGCUUCACUUUUGGAAUACCGGUUUGGUUUCUGCUUGUGUACGUGUGCUCUCGGCAAAUCCACGUCUUGGGAAGCGACAAAUCUAAAGCGCGUGCUUUUCUCUCCCCUCUACUGAAGUUUUUUAGCAAGAUAACCCUGGCAAAUUGACGUAUUGGUUGGUUCAUGGGAGACGUGAAAUUGUUGCAAUUCAAUUCAAUCGAAAUUUACAGGCAGUUAAUUAAAAGAUGAGACAAGGGUUAGAAUAGAUGCUUGUAAAUCGAUCCUCUUCCUUCUCCCCCUUUUCAGAUCCCCCUGCCCUCUCGUCCCCUCUGUUAUUUACUCUCGGCUACCAAGCAUCUAUUCCGCGCCCAGUCAGGAGAUAAUCAAUCAAUAGUCGCGAUAAGACCGUGCCCCUGUUGCAAGAAAAAGAUGGUCGGUUCGCUUAGACGGGCUGAACUAGCAUUCUUAGUCGCUCGCGGGGAGGAGAGGAAGAACCAAAGCAAGCCAGAAAAGCCGCUAUGACGGCGUUGGCUGAAAGGAGUGGCUGGAAGAAAUAAUAAUAAUAAGAAAAAGAAAUAAGAAAUAAGAAAAAGAAAAGAAAAGAAAAGAAA